AUGAUUCAAGAUGACUUUUCAGUAUUAGAACCCAUCAUAGAGCAUCUAAAGUUACAUUUAAAGGACCAAACGGUAGGUUCCUACUUAUUAUCAAGUCCAAUCGCUACUGUCCUCGUGCAUCUCGGUACUUGCUGCUUUAAGAUGGGCGCUACUCAAUAUAAGGAUUUGGUUGAUGCCGCCAUUAUAACUUUCAUCGCCAAUGCGGAAGUUAAUGAGCCAAAGGCUGAUGAGAUUGCUACUCAAAUAACAGAAUAUAUUACAAAUAAGAAGAUCAAGUUAUUGGAUGUGAUAGUUGCCUUGAAGGAGAACUUGACAUCCGAAGAAGAUUCGAAGAGAGAGAAGGCAUUGCAUUGUCUUUCUUGCGUGCUCUCCAAGUUACACCCAGAUCAAUUGUUAAGGAAUGAAAUAUCUGUCAUCUUUAACUUUUACAAGUCAAAAUUUGAUGACGACGUUCUAAUGAAGAGUACAUUAGACGGUAUGAAUUCAUUGAUGGGAAUGAAAUAUAUCUCAGUUACCGAAAUUACUGCUUUACUGGAACUCUUGAAGGAUGAAUAUGACGCAGGUAAGUUUUUGGCUGCUACCAGAUUUUUCCCAUUCCAAAUAUUGGAAACUAUGUUUCGAACUUCCAAGGAUAAGAUUGUUGGUACUCCUACAUUAAAUAACCUUUUUAUAGCCACUUUUAUUCAAAUUGCCACUGGUGAAAAGGAUCCAAAGAAUUUAUUAAUCUCCUUCAAACUAAAUAAAAUUGUUACACAAGAAUUUGAGAAUGUAGAGGAAUUCAAAGAACCUUUAUUUGAUAUCCUUUUUGCAUAUUUCCCCAUCACCUUCAAGCCACCAAAGAAUGAUCCAUAUAAGAUCUCUAACUCAGAUUUAAAAUUAGCCUUGAGAUCAGCACUAUCAUCUUCUUCCAUAUUUGCCCAUGAUGUAUUUAGUAACUUGAUUGAUAAGAUGUCAGCUUCUUCUCCAAACGUUAAAAAUGAUACUCUAUUGACAAUGAAGGCAUGUAUUGACAGCUAUGGUGGGAGACAUUGCGUAGAAUCAUGGUUGCCACUUUGGACAUCUUUGAAGUUCGAACUAAUCCAUAAUAGUGAAGGUACCGAAUCAAGCAUGCUGAAUCCAGUAACCAACGAAGUUGUGAAUGCAAAGAAGUCAGUCCAAAGUAAUUAUCAAGUGGCUUUAGAUGUCAUGAAGUCGUUGGCAUUUGAGCUGGAAGCAUUUGAUGAUGACGAAUUUGAAAAAUUCUUCUACCAUGUAUUUGAAGAAUUGAAACCUAACUUCACCUAUGAUAAGGAUUUGAAACAAAGUUGUAAUAUUUUGGCCUCAAUUGCAAGUGCUAAUUUGAUCACAUUUAAUAAAGUCAUCACGGAAACUUUACCAUUGUUCCUUGAAAAUACUUCAGAAAUUCCAAAGCUGAAGUUACUAUUAAUGAAUUUAUCGUUUUUUCUUGAUGCUUACGUCAAUGUUUUUGGUGAAACUAAAAAGGAAACUCUAGGUCAAGUCAUUGUCCCAGAUAAUAAAAUGUUUGAAUAUAAGGAUGAGAUCUUAAUGAUUUUGGGGAUGGGUCUGACUGGUAACUCCAAGUUAGAAGUGACAGUGAGAACUUUAUCAGUUAUCCAAUUCACUAAAAUGAUAAAAAUGGUGGGGUACCUAAGUAGAGACGAAAUAUCCCUAAUUGUUCAAUACAUGACCGAAACAAUUUUAACUGAUUCUAAUAAGAAUAUUUAUUAUGCAUGUCUAGAAGGUCUAAAAGUCAUUAGCGAUUUUUAUGAAGAUAUCGUCUUUGAAAUUUCUCUCAAGAGAAUGUUAGAUUUAUUGCCAAAUAAUGCAAGUGAAUUUAUCCAUUUCACCGACGAUGAAGUGAUUCCAAUUGAAAGAAUUUUAAAAAUAAUUUUAGAUUUUACCACUUCAAGACAUAUAUUGGUUCAAGAAAGUAUCAUUUAUUUAUGCUCUAAGUUAUCUGUUGUUUCAAAGAUAGGUUCUUCCAAUGAUUAUUGUUUCCUAUUACUUUCUACAUUGUACUCUUUAUUUGAAAACAAUGUUUCAUUGAUUACAGAAGAAGAUGCGGACUUUAUCAAAUCCACCGUAGAACCAGAUUUAUUAAAAAUCAUGAUAACUGAUGCACCAAUUGCAACUGAUGACCACAACCUUUCUUUACUUUCUAACGUGUUAUUCUUCAUGAAUUUGAAGGCCUCCAUUUCUACCCACCAGGAAGAAUUGAAUAGAUAUAAUGGUAUUUUCAUAGAUGAAUUUCAAAUUUUGGAGAAGCCAUCUCGUUUUACUUUACCUUAUACUAAAAUUCUAUGUGGCUUGGAUAAAAAUAUAAAAUUUGAAAGUGCUCAAGAGGUGCUCCAAAUGACCAUAAAUUUAUUGAAAAAGAAUGGUUUAAUUCAAUCUAGAUUUGAGAAUGUUGGGUAUUUGGAAUUGUUGAUGGUUUUAAGUAAUAAGUGGCUAUCAGAAGAUGUUGUCGAACAGUUCUUCGAUUAUUCCGAUAAAUCGAUCAUUAAUUUAGAGAUUAUGACAUGGCUAGGAAGAGGCUUGGUCAUGAAAAAUUCUAAGUUCUCUACCAAGAUACUUGAAAAUUUCAUCAAAUUUUUAUCUGACGAACAAGUUGGACCUUUCGUUGCCAAAUUAUUUGAAGUGUUUGUCAUUGACAUUAAUUCUUUGCAAAAAUUCAAGGGAAUUAACUGGAAUAAUAAUGUCAAAUUGUUAUAUAAACAAAAAUUCUUUGGUGAUAUCUUCCAAAUUCUGGUAGAUUCAUAUAAACAAACUACAGUGCUGACCGUGAAGUGUAAUUAUUUGACGGCUUUAUCUCUAGUUUUGAAGCAUACUCCAAGUACUUUAGUAGAACCAUUCAUGAACGAUUUAUUGCCAUUAUUGUUACAAGCUUUAGAAAUGCCAAAUGCAGAGGUGAGAGUUUCAUCUCUUGGAACUUUAAAAGAUACAGCUGAGAAGUUCCAUCAGCUAGUGACAGACAAUGUUAAUACUUUGGUUCCAAUACUAUUGAAAUUAGUUCUUCCUGAAAAGUAUAAUACAAUCAGCGUAAGGUUAUUGUCCUUACAAUUACUUGAACUAUUAACGACAACGGUACCUAUUAAUUAUUGUGAAGAAUUCAAAGCUGAUGUCAUAAAUGGAUUAUUGAAACCAUUAUCUGAUAAGAAGAGAAUUGUACGUAAGCAAUGCAUAGAUACAAGACAGGCUUAUUUUGAGUUGGGACAGGUACCAUUCGAAUAG